AAUCUGACUGGACCCCGGCAACAAGGAUCACCUGACAGAGGUAAACAUGGGGGCCGACGUGGUGCCUGUAGCUGUGGUCACGGGGUUUCUGUGAUCGGUCUUAUUCUUCCCUUUAUUGUAGCCAAGGGACCCAACAAAGGGGUGAUACAAGUAGUGCUGGUGAUAACUGCCUCCACCUGCUGGCUAUUCUGGUUGCUGUGUUACAUGCAUCAGAUGAAUCCACUUAUUGGGCCACAGCUUCACAACACAACAGUCCUGGCUCUCCGAUACCUCUGGGAUGAAACUUUGUCACUGGAUGAUUUACCAGACGAUACAACUACAGAUAGUACCAUUGAUCUACCAUCAACUACUCCAAUGCCAAAUACGGCUAAUAUGUAAACAGACCUGGAAAGCCCUUAAAACAGCUGUACUUUACAGUAAAAGCUGGUCAGGAAGAAGCCAUUGUUGAGUAUUCCUAGUGCAUAGUGUGGCAUAGCCCCUGCUGCUUCCUCAUGAAGUAACUUUAUAAUCUAUGAAUAUUACUUGUAAAGGACAUUCCAUGUGAUGAGAUAAAGUCUCACAUUUAUUGUAAUUUUAAGUGUACUGUACUGUGUUUUUAAAGAACAUUUUAUAUAUUAUACAGUACAAAAAAGAUGCUGUAUUUUCCAAGAUGUAUGGAGGAACACUCCAUUUAACCUUUAUUGGACACCUUAAAUCUUUUAGUGUGUUGUGCACCUUCCACAAGAAUUAAAAUACUUUAUAAUACUAAAUUUAAAGAAAAAAUCUUUAUACAGCACACUUUUUUUUUCUUAAAAAUAGAAAUUUUUGAAUAAUGUAUUGCGUAUCAUUGAUGUUUAUGCUCUAGAAAAGUGUUAUAAAUACAGUACAGUAUAUAGAAAAUGAUGGAGUUGCUGUCAAUAUUGUGUGUGUAUAUACCUAAUUCUGAAGAAGAUAUUGAAGAGAUAAUAUAAUUACUCUGAAAAGUUGUAGAGUAACAUUUUGUUUGUCCAUCUCAAGCUUUUACACAUGUGUACAGUAUUCAUGCUUGAUAAUAAUGGCACAGAUUUUCCAUACAAUGAAUAUUCCAGAAAUGCAUCAGAUAGAAUACUUAGUUUUUCACACAAGACUUUGAUACCUGUAUAAAGUUUACUUUCUAUAUUUUAAAAGGUUUAUUUGAUUCUAUUGUCAGAUUUUUAUUCAUACCUUCAGAGGUUUUACUGUAAAUAUAUGGGAACUGGUAUUAAAUAAAGUUAAUGUAUGUA